AUGCGGCCAGGACUGAGAGCUUUCAGAAGUCGGGAUCUCCGUCUUUUUGAGAGUGCGUCUCGACAUUAUGCUCUUCACAGUCUACAGCGGCCAUGUUUGAGACCUCCGAACUUGUGGCUCGCAAGCUGGCGUGUCUCAGACCGACAGCAGCGAGGUGCGAAGACCACCACACGAAGGAAAGUUAAAGACCUGCAACAAGGAGCCAUCCAAGGCGAAUCUCUGCCCGAACUACCCAGCGAUGACGAACCGCAAUACCCAGCCCUGCUCCAGGGAGUCAAGAACAACAUGGCCAGGUUUGAUAACUGCGUUCUCCUCACAAGAGUUGGAAACUUCUACGAAAUGUACUUUGAACAAGCGGAAGAAUUUGGGCCGCUGCUGGGCCUCAAAGUGGCUUACAGGCAGACCAAGCUCGGCCCUGUGGCUAUGGCAGGAUUCCCGUUCUUCCAGCUGGACCGCUUUUUGAAGACACUGGUUCAAGACUUGCACAAAUAUGUCGCCGUGUGCGAGGAGUUCCUCGUCAACGUAUCUGGCAAGGUGAAAUCAGGGGGCUUGAAGCAUGAUCGCCAAGUCACUCGAGUGGUCACCCCAGGUACAUUGAUUGAUGAGAAGUUCCUUGACCCGUACGAGAACAACUACCUACUAGCGAUACAUCCUGAGUUCCACUCGUCGUCAAAAUGCGACGGCGACGACAACGAACCAAAGGUUGGCCUUGCUUGGCUGGACCUGUCCACUGGUGACUUUUACACCCAGACCGUACUCCGGAGUGCACUCUCGUCUGCCUUGACCCGGAUUUCGCCUCGCGAGAUCAUCCUUCCGUCUGAUGUGUCUCAAGAUGUACAGGAGGAAGUCCAAACAAUCGUUGGCCACGACCACAGGCUGCUCACUCUCCAUCAAACAAGAACUGGCUUUCUAUCAAUGAAGGAAUGGAGUUCCAUGUUGGUCACGGAAAUGCAGGAUGGUGCGGAAAAUGCCUUUCAGGAGGUUGAGAAGCAAGCCGGGCACUGCCUGCUCGACUACGUGCAACUCCGACUACAGGGGUUGCAGCUACGGCUCCAACCUCCUCGGCACAUUGAGCUCUACGAGAUCAUGGGCAUUGACCGAAGUAGUUUGCGUGGUCUGGAGAUCCUGGAGACGUCGAGAGAUGGGCUCGGGAGAGGCAGCUUGUUUCAUGCGGUGAAGAGGACUGUCACAAAGAGCGGCUCGCGGUUGCUUCGAGACCGGCUUACGUCUCCGUCUGCCUCUCUACCAGAGAUCAACGAUCGUUUAGAUCUGGUAUCUGCUUUCUUCGAGUUAGAGGAACUGACAGAGUCUUUGAUUUUCAGGUUGCGCAGGACUUUUGAUGUUCAACGCAUUGUUCAAAAGUUCGCGCUCAACAAGGGCGAUGCCGACGACAUGUUAUCGCUUGCAAGUGCCAUCGCGGAGACAGUCUCAACACGCGAUCUUCUGCUGUCCGCCUUUCCAGGUAUUGACUCGGACCAGCCAGCUACAAACGUGCAGUUCAUGCGGAGAUUGCUCAAACGAUUCGACCUAGAAGGCCCUGUCGAGCUUCAAGCGUCGAUAAAUUCCGCCAUUGACGAGGAAGGGCUGCAACAAAAGCACCGCUUAGAAGAAGAUGAAGCAGCAAGCGUGGCAGCCAUGGCACACGAGGUUGUUCUUCAAAGCGCGCCUGAAGAGCUUGAAUCACUGCCCAGGGCAGUUCGUUCCAAGGCAAAAGUCGAGGAGAACAAAGAUGACAUAGUCUUAGAGGAACCAUGGAUCAUGCGUCGCAAUGCCAGUGACAUCUUAUCUCGCUUGCACCAGGAUCUAGAUGACCUCCAAGGAGAAAAAGCUGCUCUUGCCGAACGACUACGUUCUGAACUCUCCGCGCGUACGCUUGUUCUCAAGUCGACGCCUGGAUUGGGCUACAUAUGCCACAUCAGGAGCGCAAACGGCUUCAACAGAGACAAAUUGGAAGCGCUCCAAGCUAGGAUGGUCUCAUCUUCCAAGAGCACCCGCUCAUUCUAUCUGACUGACUGGACUCGACUUGGCAGACGCAUCGACCAAGCCAUAGCCAACAUUCGCGACGAGGAGAAACGGAUAUUCACGACCUUGAGGGCAGGCGUCAUCCAUAACCUGGUCAAACUGCGCCGUAACGCAGCUGUCAUGGACGAGCUUGACGUUGCAAGCGCUUUUGCGACACUCGCCAAGGAACAAUCAUGGACGCGGCCUAUUUUGAAUAACAGCACUUCACACAAAAUCGUCGGGGGCCGGCAUCCGACGGUCAAACUGGGCCUGGAAGAACAAGGCCGCUCGUUCAUCAGUAACAAUCUCGUCCUCGACCAGAACGAGCACAUAUGGCUCAUCACCGGGCCCAACAUGGGCGGCAAAAGCACUUUCUUGCGACAAAAUGCUCUGCUGAUCAUCCUCGCACAAUGCGGAUCCUAUGUGCCGGCAACGUACGCGGAAAUUGGGCUCGUCGAUCAGAUCUUCAGCCGCAUCGGAGCCGCAGAUGACUUGUUCCGCGACCAAAGCACUUUCAUGGUUGAGAUGCUGGAGACAGCGGCGAUCCUGAAGCAUGCGACUCCUCGAUCAUUCGUCAUAAUGGACGAGGUCGGAAGAGGAACCACGCCUGAGGAUGGCACGGCGGUGGGAUACGCAAGUUUGCACCACUUGUACUUUGUGAACCGGUGUCGGACGUUAUUCGCCACGCAUUUCCAUGAAUUGACAGAUAUGACCAAGUCCUGGGACAGACUCGGGUGUUAUUGUACGGACGUGCUCGAGGAUGAAGACGGGAAGUUUACGUUCGUGCAUAGGCUGAAGAGUGGUGUUAAUAGGCAAAGCCAUGCACUGAAGGUGGCCAGGUUGGCUGGGAUGCCCGAGAGUGCUAUCAAGGUGGCAGAGGAGGUGUUGAAGGCGAGGAUCGGAAAAGGAUACGUGCGUGGACAUGAAGAUGUGUUCGGAGCGGAUCAAGGAAAAGAGAAAGAUCACAACCGCAAAACCGAGGAAAUUACUGACAGUAUACGGGUGGCCCAUGGAGGAUGA